GUGGCGUACUCGGGAUUUGGCUCCAAGCUUUCUAAGGGCACAGGACCGGGAGUCUGGUACACAUGGUUGUUACUUGAUUUGGGGGAGCUGUCACUUUUCUAUUGUUAUGAUUUUCAUUAUUCAGAAAGUCAGCGCCGGAGAUGGGUUUUUAAGAUGGCGGAGAGAGGAAAUCGAGCCCAGCAGGGAAUUCUGCAGCGCUAGGGGGGAGGAUACGAGUACUUCCAGGAUUCUGGCUCCAAGGAGCAGCAUCAGGGCCAGGGAGACGAUGGUCUCCGUGACUAUGGCCACAUCUGAGUGGAUCCAGUUCUUUAAGGAAGCCGGCAUUCCUCCGGGGCCUGCUGUCAAUUACGCUGUAAUGUUUGUGGAUAAUAGGAUCCAGAAGAGCAUGUUGCUGGAUCUCAACAAGGAGAUCAUGAAUGAGCUGGGUGUGACCGUGGUGGGUGACAUCAUCGCCAUCCUCAAGCACGCCAAGGUGGUACACCGACAGGACAUGUGCAAAGCUGCCACUGAGUCGGUGCCCUGCAGUCCUAGCCCCCUCCCCGUGGAGAUUCGCCGUGGCCCCUCCAGCGCUGCCUCUCGAAUGAUUGCGAACAGCCUGAACCGUGACUCCCCACCCGGCACUCCCCCCAGGCGGCCAGACACCAGCACCUCCAAGAUCUCCGUCACCGUGUCCAACAAGAUGGCAACAAAGAGCGCCAAAGCUGCCGCAGCCCUGGCCCGCCGGGAGGAGGAGAGCCUGACUGUUCCCACCAAGCGGCGCCGGGUCACCGCAGAGAUGGAGGGGAAAUACAUCAUCAACAUGCCCAAAGGCACCACUCCCCGGACCCGCAAGAUCCUGGAGCAGCAGCAGGCGGCCAAAGGUCUCCACAGGACAUCAGUGUUUGACCGCCUCGGUGCCGAGACCAAGGGAGACACGACAACGGGGAGUAAGCCCACAGGAGUCUUCAGCCGCCUGGGGGCCACCCCGGAGAUGGACGAGGACCUGGCUUGGGACAGUGACAAUGACAGCAGCAGCUCUGUCCUGCAGUAUGCUGGGGUCCUGAAGAAGCUGGGCCGGGGGCCGGACAAGGCCAGCCCCCAGCCAGCGCUGACGGUCAAAGCCAAGGCCACCAGCUCGGCGGUUACAGCUGGCGCCCCAACACUGCGGCGCCUGGCGCUUCCCCCGCGCCCUGGGCUGGAGAAGAAGCCGGAGUCCCUGUCCAAAGUCAGUAUCAUCCAGAGACUGGGCAAGGCCGCCCUUGUGCCCGAGGCCCAGGACAGCCAGGUCACGAGCACCAAGAGUAAGUCCUCGGCCGAGGUCAAGGUGACCAUUAAGAGGACUCUGGUGGGGCCCCGGGGGAGCAGCUCCAGUGAGGGCCUCGGUGCCCAGAUGGACCAUGCAGGCACCGUGAGCGUGUUCAAAAGACUGGGCCGCAGGACCUUCUAG